GUGAGAUACAGUCUGUUGCAAGUGAAUUCAGCUCUGCCUAACUGCCUGUUUAUACAUGAGAUGAGCCUACAAAAAGUCUAACUCAAAAUAACAAGUUUUUACAAGGAAAAUGUGAAAAGCGUAUCAGGAUUCUGAGAACGUCUUUUGUGUUCUGCUGGGUUUUCCCCACCCUAUUGGAAACAUUCAGGCUAAAGUACAUUCACGCUGCUGUCUUACAGAAUGAAGAUGCAAGAAUAUGAUGGGAAAAUCACUGACUGCUAAUUGUGCCUGGGACAACAGCCUCAGCAUGAUGUUACUUAUUUGCAAGACUUUGAAAAUGCUUUAAACCUCCCCUUCCUUUUGAGAAUGAACAACAGCUCAGGACUGACGGCACAUGUUGAAAAUGGCAAUUCAUCCAACUCAACCAACUUUAUGGACCAGAAAAUAUCAGUAUUUUUUUCUAUCAUAUUUAUGACAGUGGGUAUAAUAUCCAACAGCCUCGCAAUAGCAAUCCUCUUAAAGGCCUAUCAGAGAUUCAGAAAGAAAUCAAAGGCAUCAUUUCUACUGUUUGCCAGUGGGUUGGUGAUCACUGAUCUGUUUGGCCAUCUCAUUAAUGGAACCAUUGCUGUUUUUGUUUAUGCAUCCAAAAGGGAUUGGCUGCGAUUUGAUCAAUCAAACAUUGUCUGCAGCGUGUUUGGCAUGUGUAUGGUAUUUUUUGGCCUCUGCCCACUUUUACUUGGAAGUGUGAUGGCAGUGGAACGGUGCAUAGGAGUCACUCAGCCAAUAUUUCACUCUACAAAAAUGACAUCAAAACAUGUAAAGAUUAUCUUGUCUUUGGUUUGGCUCUUUGCCAUUUUAGUUGCUUUGAUGCCUAUCCUCACUGCACGAGGAUACCACAUUCAGGCAACCAGAACUUGGUGCUUCAUAAAAACGGAAUAUAUUGAAGAGUGGAGAGAUCAGUUCAAUCUGCUGCUUUUCUCCUUCUUGGGGAUAUUGUCCCUCGCCAUCUCUUUCAUGUGCAAUGCAAUUACUGGUAUAACUCUUCUUAGAUCUAAAAUAAGGAAUCACCAAUACAGACAAGGAAGAUCUCAUCACAUAGAGAUGAUUAUCCAACUUUUGGCUAUAAUGUGUGUCUCCUGCAUCUGCUGGACUCCAUUUCUGGUCACAAUGGCUAACAUUGUAUUCAGCGGAGACGAUCCACUGCACACUCGUGAGACAAUUCUAUUCUCUCUUCGAAUGGCCACGUGGAAUCAGAUUUUAGAUCCUUGGGUUUACAUCCUCCUACGAAAAACAGUUCUCAAAAAACUCUUCAGGAUCGCAAGACGUUGUUGUGGCGUAGAAGUCAUAAACUUACACACCUGGGAAUUUAGCUCUAUCAAAAAUUCACUUAAAGGUGCCACACUAUCUGACUCACCAAGUUGUACCCGGGCUAAUACAUUCAAAUGUAGUCACAAAACUGACACAGAAAGAAAAUGUGAACUCAGUGAAACCAAAUAAAUUGUUUAGGUCCUUUUAGGAUUUUAAAGCAUAUUUGAGCAGUAUUUUUUAAUUAAUGAAUUUCACUACAUGUUGUCCAUAUUCCAGACAGAUGGAUUUGUUAGUUACCUGCAGCUCACCCUAUUCACACACAUAAUCCUGGCUCAGAAUGCCACAGUACCAUGGCAAACCCUUAAAGGAAAAGUUCAGUGUGAAAAUAAAAACUGGGUAAAUGGAUAGGCUGCG